AUGGAAUACAGUUCAAAAACGGCACACGAACAUCGGUUCGACAGAGAUUUGAUUUGCAUUGAAUAUCCAGGAGUAGUUUUGAAUCCCGAACGUAUGAUUGAAUCUCUUGGUGGAAUUCGGGAAAUUAGUACGACAUUUGGGCAGGAUAAACGCCGACUUGAGUUGCGAUUUCGUCCAGAUUGUAUAUAUGCUAAACCGGCUUUCGGGGAUGGUGCACCGUCAACUGGAUUGCUAUUAAAGGUUAUUGUUCGCCGCAAAAAAUCCCAGCCAAAUGAUGCCACCGUCCGUUUGGUACAAAUUAUGGGAUGUGUCAAGAGAUUGUACAAGUUCGACUCGCUUUGUGACUUUCAGCAGCUUCCGGCUUUUCGAAGUCAGACUAGCGGCAAAGUUGAAAAUUUUCACGAUGAAAUAGUACCGCAAGGUGUCUGCACUAUGAGUCCUUUCGACAAAUCGCCCAAUAUUCCAUUCUUUCUACCACCAGUUAGUUUCAGUCGUGCCGAUCAGAUCAACAACAACGUAUUACGUGAAACGAAAUGUCACAAAGUUGCGGCAACUGAUCAUUCAUACAGGCGUCGACGGAAGAAGCAUGGCAUAUAUCAUCCUUUCACACUGACUGAGCCCAUCCCGGAUAAACCAUCUAUACAAGCUCAAAACAUGAUAGACGAAAAAUUGACUUCGUCGGAGGACGUAGAAAAAAUUCGUUGCGCAUUCAAAACACGCCCCAUAUGGACGAGAAACGCGUUAAUAAGUGUAAAUCGUAUCAUGAUGAGCAAGCAAUUGUUUGGUAUCAUUUUACCCACAAUAGCAUACUACUACGUAAACGGUCCCUGGCGUGGCACGUGGGUUCGUUACGGGUACGAUCCCCGGAAACAUUUUGAAUCUCGUGUUUAUCAAAUGUUGGACUUCCGCGUUCGUUCAAUUGGAUCACUACACGAGUGCAUCAAAAUCAAACGGUUAUCGGUGUCCAAGGCAAAUUAUCGGUUGGCGGAUUCAGCGUCGAGUUCAAAAGAUGGUCAGCGAUCGUUCGUCAAUAGUUCAUUUGAUGAAGACACCAUUCCUCCGCACCGUGUGGUGCUUUAUCAAUAUUGCGACAUUCAUUUGAAAAAGAUUCAAGAAAUGCUCAAAAAGGUCCCCUCUCCAAAAAGUGGGACGGUAUGCGAUGAGAGAAACGGUUGGCUACCGUAUCGUUUCGAUGACCAGUGUCGCAAUAUAAUGAUGGAAGUUUUGCUGAACAACAUCCGGAAAUUGCGCGCAGAGAAUCCGGAAGUUUGCAGUGGGAUGGAGUCCGUGGACGAUGAAGACGGCGAGGGUAUAUCAGAUUUCGAUGAAGAGGAGGAUCCAGAGAUGGAGGACAUUACUGAUUCCAUGGACGAUGUUACGGAUUAA